CCACCAUGUCCCAGUUUACAAAAAAAAUAAUGCGCGUGAUCCUCAUUUACAUAUAUUACUCCCUGAAAGUCCUAGGCUUGUCCUCUGUUACUAUCAAUUUUUCAACCCUCGAAGUGACCGUGUCAUAUUCCUCUAUUGCGUACUGUGUAUUUUCGAACUUGCUUAUAAUUGGAAUUAUUCCAUUCAUUUCCCUAAGUUCGGAUAAGGUAGAAUAUAUCAAUCAGCGGAUCCUGGCGAUGGUCAUUUUGUUUAUUAAUUCAUAUGCGACACUCUUGACUAUAAUCGCUACAGUGUUCCUGAAUCUUAUCUACCGACAUCAAGUUGCGUCACUCUUGAGUACAUACAUUAAGUUGGUCAACCAUGUUACCAUUUUGACGACGCAGGACUUUUAUGAUAUGCACUUUCUACGACUUGUGGUCUUUAAAAUAUGGUGUCCUUACAGCAAUCUUCUAUGCUCUGUGUGUGUGAUGUUUAUGCUGAAAAUGCAGAAAAUGUCAAAUUUUGUGCCUUCAGUUAUAUUUUCCGGGAUUUUACUCCAAAUGGUUGUUUCCGCGAUUAACCUUUUCUAUAUAGCAUUACUAUAUUUGUGGCGAAUGAACAAACUCCUCGAUGAGCAACUAUCGAAGACUUUGAUUGUUUUGCAUUGCAAUAAGGAACCAAGCAUGCAAAGGUGUUGUGACAUUAGUGAUGCAAUAGAUAACAUUGCGAUUUUGAAAUCGAACUUAUACAAUUUAUGUGUUGAGGUACAGGGAGUAUUUCGCUUUCAAAAACUAAUUUCCAUGGUCAAUUACUUUUUAGAAGUGAUUUCAAAAUGGUUCCUUUUCUAUUCCUUGAUGAUCACCGUUGACCAAAAGAACGCUUUUCUUGUUUCGGUAAUAUUUUACGGAUUGUUUUUCCUCCUUUUCGAAGUUUUCCUCCUCAUUUAUGCAUCUGAUUUGGUCAUCAGAAUUCCGACUGCGGAACAGGAUAAUCUGAAUAGAAAAUAUCUCCAGAUUCAGGCUGCGGAUGAGAGGCUAGAGAGAAGUUGCCAACGCAUCAUUUCCAUCUUUCUGCUCUGCUGGGCGUCCGGUAUACGAGUGAUAUACAGAUUUUAAAUGGGUGAGUGUAAUUACGCGGUAUUUCCAAGGAUUAAAUUAAUGACCUUGGCAUUGAAUAUGGAGCCGCUUAGCACAUUGUGGUGGAGAUUUUGCGUAAGAGAUGUGUCUCAUCCCGGCGAAGAAUGGCCCGGCUUUUAUGAAAUGCAUAAUUAUUGGUGAUGAGACGUGGGUUUACAUGUUUGCCAUGGAGACUGUUCAAAAACUGUGCGUGUGGCGCUUCGAAGGAGGGGCGGAGCCAAAAACAGUGACGAGGGACCUCAAGACCAGCGGUGUAUGGACGAUUGGGCGGAAAGCUGGCACCCGUGUACUGCUUCAAAUGGAUGCUCUUUUGAAGGAGAUUAAAAAAAUUGUCUAAAAAUUAA